AUGGAGUUUUUCAACUCAGCUCUUGGAAAAAACAUCACGUUUGUGCGUCCUGCAUAUUUCAUAAUAAGUGGUUUGAUUGGUAUACCAAAUAUGAAGCCUUACUAUGUGUUUCUCUUUUUCAUUUACAUUGUUUCAGUGGUGGGAAACACACUUGUGAUGACUUUGAUAGUUCUGGAUCAUAAUCUGAGAACUCCAAAAUAUAUUGCAGUUUUUAAUUUAGCAUUUGUGGACCUAUUUGGUAGCUCUGCUUUGGUGCCAAAGCUUCUUGACAUCUUUCUGUUUAACCAUCGCUCCAUCCUCUACAACGACUGCUUGGCUUUCCUUUUUUUCUGCUACAUCUGCCAUUCGAUGCAGUCUCUAAAUUUAGUUGCACUGUCCUAUGACAGACUGAUAGCUAUCAUCUUCCCACUGCACUAUCAAGUGAAGGUGACCAACAGGUUCAUGCUGUCUUUGAUUGCCUCUUUCUGGCUCCUUGCGAUUACUUUUACAGUGAUUGCAAUUGGACUUCUCACAAGACUUUCCUUCUGUAAAUCUGUGGUUAUUAACAGCUAUUUCUGUGACCAUGGCCCUUUAUACCGGCUUGGUUGCAAUGAUGUUACCCCCAGCCGUGUGAUUGCUGGUUUGUCACAAUAUCUUAUUCUUUGGGUUCCACUCAUGUUUAUUCUGGCAAGUUACUGCGGUAUUGCCUACUCUUUGUCAAAAAUUUCCACAGCCAAAGAAAGAGUGAAGGCCUUUAAAACAUGUACUGGUCACCUUUCAUUGGUGUCAAUGUAUUUCUUCCCUGUCAUAUUUGUUUUUUCCUUUCAACAAACAGUACAUCCAAAUGCCAGAAUCAUAAACAUGUCUUUGACCACUAUUAUCCCUCCCAUGUUGAACCCAAUCAUUUAUGUUCUGCAGACACAGGAAAUCAAACAAUCAUUGAAAAAAGUGUUGAAAAUGAGAGGGCAAUUUAAAAUUGCAACAAAUAUAUAA